UUGCAAUCAAAAUUACAUAUUUCCUCACCAUGUUAAAUGACAUGCCAGCACUAUAUUAUGUCCUUGCUAUUAAUCCCAUUAUGGACUGACUGAUAUGCAUCGUCAUGGACGUGAUCAUUAACAUUCCACAUCAGGCGUCACCUGUACAUGUUAGAGCCGUUCAGAUCGUGUCAUCCUGACUUUCAGUGUUUGCUUGUUACAGUCGGUCCGUGCAUGUGUGGGGUGCGAUCCAGGCUGAGGUCAUCUGGUCAGGACAAUGAAGAAGACCAACACUGAACUGACCAUUAGCGUGGACGCGGAGGAACUGACGCCAUUGGAUUACCCAACGGAUGAAAUUACGGCAAUUCCAAACACAGAUGAGGUUGACAAAGCAUGUGAUAAUGUAGAUAACCCGUCCCCUCCGGAUGGGGGGUGGGGGUGGAUUUGUGUGGGGGCAAGGUUUGUGUCUGUGUUUAUAUGUUUUGGUGUAGUGUACAGUUUCGGAGUCAUCUAUGUGGAACUUGUGGAUGUAUUCAGCGCCACCAGGGCAGAGGUGGCCUGGGUGGGCUCCGUGGCAAGUGGAGCUAUGCACAUGGCAGGUCCUCUGUCAAGUCUGCUUAACGAGCAGUAUGGGUUCAGGGUGACAACCAUCAUUGCCGGCGGGGUGGCCGCUGUCGGCUUCCUGGUCAGCGCCUUCGCUCCAAGUCUGUUCUUCCUUUACUUCAGUUUCGGUGUAGUAGGAGGGAUGGGACUUGGGCUGUCGAUCGUCCCGAGUCUGGUGGCUGUAACCGUCUACUUCAGAAAGAGGAUUAGUUUCGCCAUCGCCACAUCAGCUAUAGGUGCUGGAGUCGGGACAAUGUGCCUGCCCCAGCUCUACAGGGCGCUGAUCACGGAGUACGGCUGGCAGGGGAUGAUGAUGGUGCUGUCGGGGGUGGCACUCAACCUCGUCGUCUGUGGGGGACUGUUCAGAAUGCCAGCCUAUAUCACUGCACAACAGAUACAAAGAGCACAUCAACGACGCCGGCGUCCAAGCUGCGUAUCCUUCCACAGCUUGUUCGCUGUGAUGAACCACCGUCCCUUCCUCAUCUUCCUAGCAGCCACUGCAGCCACACAUCUCGGCGUCAUGGUGCCCUACGUCCACCUCCCAGACCUGGCGCGUCUCACAGGGGUUGCCAAGGGCGACGCCUCCUUCCUGGUAUCCAUCAUGGGUUUUGUGGGCAUUCUGGGAAGACUUCUAUUUGGUUACAUCGCAGACUUCAGAUGUGUCAGUAGAAUCUUGUUUUAUGCCGUCAUGUUGUUGAUUUGCGGCGCGGGGACGUUGUUGUGCACGAUGGUAAAGACGUAUACGUUGUUUGCUGUAUAUGCUGCUGUUCAAGGAGCGUUCAUAGGCACGUGGACGGCCUUCACCCCCAUUGUUUUGACGGACAUCGUCGGGGUCCAGCAUACCGGUAACGCUCUGGGACUGACCAUCUUCCUGAGUGGGAUAUCUAUCACCGUAGCUUCUCCAAUAGCAGGUUCCCUGUUUGACUUCACUGGUCGCUAUGUCGCCUCCUUCUAUCUGGCAGCGUCCAUCUACCUACUGGGAGGUCUACUCAACAUAGCGUGUUAUUUAUACAUUAAACUGAAACACGACAAAGGCAUUGACAGUUUACCAACAUAUGUUUUGGAUGUACAAGCAACAUAGCGAACAAUCCGCCUUUCAUUCUUUUGAAUAAACAGACAUAUUUCAUUUUCA